AUGCACCCGCGACUUCGGAGAAUAUUGGCUAUUCGGAACUUCAAGCAAGUGGUCACCCACUUGGGAAUGUUUGGUGCACCUACUUGGAAACCAGUCCGUUUGGUAAGCGACGAUGAGGCAAUCUCACAUUUGUGGAGGAAACUUGACAGAUCCUUGUUUGACAAAAGCGACUCCACAGUGCAGUACAACACCGAGGGUGGCCGGAAAUUCAAAGGAUCUAAGAAGUUGCGGCAAACACAAGUCUAUCCUCCCAAGUUUGGGCGGGCUGUAUGCUCUGCUUUCACGAAGCACGCCAAGGUCCCGCAGUGGCCAACCAGUGUGGACUACACGCCUGAUGAUUGGGCAGAUGCAAAGCAGCUUGGCGCUUUCAAAAGCAUGUCUACCCGCAACUCUUUGGUGGCACCAUGCCACAACCUAAAACAGCAGGUUUGCAUGUUCUUCCAUACCCACCAUUCCUGUAGUGAGUGGAUGAAACAGGUCAAGAUUGUUAUAAUACAAAAGUUGAUCCUUCCACAAAAAGAAAUACACCCCUUGGUUGAACAAGCUCAACUGACCUUUCUUGCAAACACAACAACACCCUCCAAUGUUACCUCACACCCAGGCUUGGAGAAUGCGAAGAAUGGUUGGUGGACUACAUCAACCAAAAGAGGGGCUUAA